GAGGGGGUUGGGGGGGGGGGGGGACUGACUGCUGCUGAUGCUGCAAGGGACGAUCGUUUCCCCGGUUCCUUUUUUAAAAAAGCGUGAAAAACGGACAUGUCAUGGACACGGUUUCACGAAGAUUAGCAACCGACGCGCGACGACAAUCGAGUUCGAGCCCUUUUUUUCUGAUAGGAGAAUGAGGAAGAGGAGGAAUUGGAAACCACUGCGAGCGCCUUGGAUCGUUUCUGUGAAGUCUCAAUGAAAGCAUUAGAAGAGCCUCACUAGUAUUUGACCCAAUGGCCAAGAAGGGGCGCCCGAAGAGCGAGAAGCCCGAAGCGCUCAUCUCUGCCCUUCAGGCGGCCAAUGAAGAUCUCCGGUCCAAGUUGACUGACAUUCAGAUAGAGCUACACCAAGAAAAAUGCAAGGUCAGCAAACUGGAGCGCGACAAGCUUCAGGAGGUGAAGCGGGUGCGGGAGCAGGAGCAGCACCGCCACACUGCCACGCUGACAGAGCAGCGGGCCAAGUGGCACGAAGAAAAGCAAAAGGAGCUCCAGGCUCUGAGGGAGAACCUGACCCGGCAGCAUGAGCAGGAAUUGGCCCGCCACGCCAAAAUCAAGGACCAGGAGAACCAGAGGCUGAAAGCCGCGCUCAGCGCCAUGCGGGAUGGCAGCGGAGAGAAGGUGCGCACAGCGUUGACCCUGGAGGCCAAGGAGGACGCGCGCCGCUUCUUUGACCAGGAGCGAGUGAAGCUCCUGCAGGAGAUAGCGGAGCUGAAGAACUCGAAGAAGCAGACCGAUGAGGCCCUCAGCAACAUGAUCCAGUCCGACAAGAUGAAGGCCGGCGACCUGCGGGUGGAGCACCAGCAGCACCAGGAGCAGAUCUCCAAGAUCAAGUGGGACAGCGAGAGAGACAUCCGCAGACUGGUGGAUGAAAUCAAAUCUAAAGAACGCACCAUCUUUGGUCUGGAGAAGGAACUGGAGUCCACAGCGGGUUUCCUGCAGAAGCUGCAGCUUCAGAAGGACGCGCUGGACGAACAGCUGUUCCUCGUCAAGGAGGCGGAGUGUGGCCUGGGGAGCCCGAAGAGGGAGAUUCCAGGCAGAGCUGGAGAUGGAGCUGAGCACUGUGGUAGCCCGGACUUGAGGAGAAAUCAAAGGCGCCUUGCUGACCUCAACUCAACCAUACGCAAAUUAGAGGACCGCAACUCCCUGCUGGUGGAUGAGAGGAGCGAACUGCUGAAGCGAAACCGGGAGUCAGAGAAGCAGUGCAAGCCACUGCUGGACAAGAACAAGCUGCUGAGUAAGAGGAACGAUGAUUUGACUCACACCAUCCAGAAGCUGGAGGAGAAACUCAAGAACCUGGCCAAGGAGAACCACGAGAUGAAGGAGAAGAUCAGCGCCCACCCUCCACUGAAAAAGCUGAAGUCUCUGAAUGACCUGGACCAAGUGCACGAUGACCAGGAAAUCGCCUUUCUCAAGCUUCAAGUCCUGGAGCAACAGAGCAUGAUUGAUGAGCUGACGAGGGACCGAGAAAAACUGCUUAGAAAGAAGAGGCAUAAAAGAAGUUCGAGGCCAAUAAAGAGGCACAUCGUAGUAGACACCUUCUUUGGCUACGAUGAAGAGUCUAUGGACUCGGAGACGUCUUCGGUGGCUUCGUUCCGCAUGGACAGAACUCCUGCUACUCCAGAUGAAGACCUGGAGGAGGGUCUCGCCAACGAGGAGACGCAGCUGCGUUUCCGUCAGCUGACCAGGGAGUAUCAGGCGCUGCAGCGAGCCUACGCCCUGCUGCAGGAGCAGAAAGGAGGCGUUCUGGAUGCUGAGAUGGAGGCCAGGGCUCAGGAGCAGCUCCAAGCAGAAGUUCUCAGGUAUAAAGCCAAAAUAGAGGACUUGGAGAAGGAACUCACCCUGAAGGGACAGGACUCCAAAUGGGUGGAGGAGAAGCAGCUCUUCUUUCGAAGGAACCAGGAGCUUUAUGAGAAGCUGGAAAAGAUGGAGUCGGACUGCAGUCGACUGCAGCAGGAGCUGCAAGACUCCAGAGAUCAGAAUGAACUGUUAGAGUUCAGGAUACUGGAGCUGGAGGAGCGCGAGAGGAAGUCCCCUCCAUUCAACCAUCUGAGGAUGCAUCCUUUCUCUGAGGGAGUCAGUGCUCUGCAGAUCUAUUGCAUGAAGGAAGGGGUGAAGGACGUGUGCAUACCAGAUCUCAUCAAACUCCUAGAUAUCCUGGGAGACAACGGGAAUUUAAGAAAUGAAGAGCAAGUGGCCAUUAUUCAGGCCAGCACUGUUUUGUCACUAGCAGAAAAGUGGAUUCAACAGAUUGAGGGUACGGAGGCGGCGCUGCACCAGAAGAUGAUGGACCUGGAGAUUGAGAUGGAGAUGUUCUGUAAACAGAAAGGAUAUCUGGAAGAGGAGCUGGACUACAGGAAAACGGCCAUGGACCAGGCUUACAUGCAAAUCCAGGAGUUGGAAGCGACGCUGUACAACGCCCUGCAGCAGGACAAGGUGAUAAAGUACGGCGAGCCCCUGGAUGAACUUCAGAAGGACGAGCUGCGGACGGCGGUGGAGAAGCUGAGGAGGCAGAUGUUGAGGAAGAGUCGGGAGUUCGACUGCCAGAUCCUCCAGGAGAGGAUGGAGCUGCUGCACCAGGCGCACCAGAGGAUUCGGGACCUUGAAGACAAGACGGAAAUCCAGAGGAGACAGAUUAAAGACCUGGAGGAAAAGUUUUUGUUUCUGUUCUUGUUCUUUUCUCUUGCCUUCAUCCUUUGGCCUUGAAGUCUUUGGCGUGUCCCGUAGCAGAGGUGGUGUGUCAGCUUGGAGAUCUUGUUUGGGACGGCGGUGUUAUUUAUUUUCUGGACAAUAGUGGACCAACGUGCGUAACAGUGGCUGCUAAUGUCCUCACAUCAGUGACUGCUGUCAGUAUCGGUGGAUGUGUCUUGUGUUGGCUGUGGACGUUUACACUUCAGAUUUAGUUCCUUUUUCUAACCUUUUUUUUUAAAUGGGGGUGGUUUCUCAGGACACUGCACAGGAUGACCAAAUUUUUUCUUUUUUUAAAGAGCGGUGUUGGACAUUAACUGUCUCUCCAAACAGCUGGAAGGAGACUGUAACAGGCUGCAGGGGUGACACACAAUUAGUGCGAAAUUAGGUGCACAGAGACACAUAUAGAUGUAUACACACAGUUUACGAACACGCAUGCACAGACGCAUGCAGAUGCAAACACACUCACACCAACACAUAUUUUGACAGAAAUCCAAGCCAAAGCCUGGGAAAUGUUUUCUCUGCCAUGCAGGGUAAUAAUAUCAUUCACCAACAUUUAGCCACAGCGAGAAUACAGACAGAGCCACUGAUAGAACAAGGAGACCAACAAACCACAACUUCUCUCUUCUUCCCUUUCCUUUCCAAACCCCGAAAGGACGUUCGUCAUGAACCCAACCUCUUGGUGAACGGAGGCGAGCCAACUCAGGGCCCGUGAUUGGUCAGAUUAUUACGAGGAACACUACGGGAGGCGCCGGCCUUUGCAGCAGUUUUUCAGAAUGGUGCUUGCAUGCACUGCUUGGACGGGUUAAACCUGGAAAAGAGCAGAAACCUGCACGGCAGAGACUGGUGUGAAGAGGCACUAAAAGCGGGACAUUAGGAUCAAGGCGUCUUCAGCAGACAAACAUGGCCGACUCGAGUGGAGAGGUAAAAAGAGGACGAAACAGAUCAUGGGCGAAACGACUCUCUGAUCCAGCUCCGCUCAGCGUGGACGUCCACAGAUUUUCACUCCGUUUCUUAAUUUAUCUCAAAAGCCAGCAGACUGAACUCACUGGUGACCAUUUUCUUUUUUUUACAGCUCCCACCACCAAGAAACUGUGUCCCAAGAUUUCCACUGAACUAACUGCUUAUUAUGUACUGUAAUAUAUAUAUUUGUUGAUAUGUACAUGUUGCUGAAUUAUUUUAUUUAGUCUCCCCAUUUAUUUCAUUGAAUAGUUGAAGUUUUAUUUUACACUCUGAAGCAGCUUGAGCAGUUGGUGUAGUUUAUAAAUGACUAAAAAGGGUAUAUGUUGCUCUGUUAUAUUGUGGUGACGGCUGCAAAGAUAAACUCGUAUUUCUUUGAGAAUCAUAAAUGAAAAAUGAAUGUGGAAAAAUUAGAUUUUUUGCCUCCCUUCUCGUCCUGCCCUUUAUCACACACAUAAUACUGUAUUUAUUAAACUACUCUCUAAAAAAUGUUGUUUGUUUGGCCAGCAGGUGGGUGCUGGUUUCACCUCAGCGACUUUGCAUUCACUCCUUAAAGUUUCACAAUCAGACUAUUACCUUUAACAGACUUGUGAAUAUUUUCAAACUAGCUCACUAAGUGUUGUGAUCAACUCUGGUCGAAUGAUUGGUCGGUUGUACCUCAUUGAUGUACUAAAGAAUUGACAGAAGCAGCAGAAAAGAUGGAAAAAAAAACCCAUUAUAACCAAACAAAGCUUAUCCUAUUUUUUACCAACAAAAAUGUCUUUGAUACUAACAAACCUCGUAAAGACAAUUGGCCGCUUCCCCAAAAUGGAACAGAAGAAAGUGAAUGCAACACUACACCUGCUCCACUUCUCUCAUCACCGGCCCACUGCCCACCGGCCCUGCAAUAUUUACCAGCAGGCCGUCCUCGUCCCCCACGUCCCAGAGCUGGUGCGUCUCCCACCAUUCACAGGUGUAGUGUGUCGAGGUGUCCCGUUACAUAGCGGGCAGUAACUGUGAGCCGCUCCGCUCACUCUGCCAGGGGGGACGACUGAGCCUACGGCCCUGCAAGCUCAGCUGAUUAGUUGCCUUAAAGGACCCCCGCCCCCCGUCCUCCCCCUCUCUCCCCCCUUGUAUGUUCCCUUUUAACAAUUGUUUUUUCAUACGGUUUAUUAUCAUAGAGCGUAAUGUACACAGAGAGCGAUUCUUUUUAUCUUAUUCCCGCCUGUCUUCCAGCGAGACUUUAACCCUUCCUCCUACUUUGGUCUCCAUUAUUAAACAGACAGAAAAAAGGAGUAAUGCUGUAAAAAAAAUUAAACAAAACAUGGCCUUUGACCUUAAUAAAAGAAGGUAAUUGAGUAAA